AGUGCUUCACUGCUGUCAGUGUUGUUGUGUGAGUCAGUGUAUGUGUUGUGUAUGUGUUGUGUCGAUCAACACAAACAGUGCUUAUAUUAGGCGUCUAUUACAACAUAACUAACUACCAGUGCUUCGGACAAAAAAGUCAAUGAAAUAACUGAUUUAAACAGUGAUUGUAUUUUUGAUUAAUUAGUCAAUCAAUAUAUAGUAUUUUUCAGUGUAAGUGAUAAUCACCUCAAUUGGUACUAAUGGUUAAUAUGACGACAAUAAGUCGUGAAUCGCUUCACAAACUAUCGGGACGACCGGUUAGUCCUAAGAGUCAAAUGGAGGCCGAGAAGCGGAUUCGUCGUGAGAUCGCUAACUCUAAUGAAAGGCGAAGAAUGCAAAGCAUUAACGCGGGUUUCCAAUCGUUGCGGACAUUACUUCCCCAUCACGACGGAGAAAAACUUAGCAAAGCUGCUAUAUUACAACACACGGCUGAUUACAUCUAUCAGUUAGAACAGGAAAAGACACGACUAUUAGCUCAAAAUUGUCAAUUGAAACGACUGGUCAACAAUCAAAUGGCUACUGAAAGUGAUGUUUCCAAUGAUAAUUCACCGCUUCAUAAACGAAUUAAGAUUGAGAAGAGCUCUAUACCCAUGACUGUCGACUCAUCCGACUCUUCAGAUGAAGUGGUCUGUCGUAGUCCUAAGUCUUCUUCUAUGGUCGAUAACGCAGACCUCACCAAUGAUGACCUCAAGCGAGAAAUGGUUGAACUCAGGCUACAGUUGGAUAGAGAGAGGCGUUUAAGGAUGUCAUUGGAGGAACAAACACGAGCUCUUGAGACUCAAUUAUAUCCAGAAAAGAUCAGAGAAAUUGCACAUAAUAUGCAAUAUAAAUACCAAACGAAAACAUUGAACAGUUGUCAGGAGAUAUCUGAAUCUGAGUUGGCAUCGGAUGACGUAUUCAGCGAAACGGUUGAGAUUGAAGCGGCCAAUAGUUGUCCGACGAGUCCGUGUACAGAAUCGCCGCGAGCAUUCACGGCCGCCAUAACUAACACCCCCACCAUUAAAACCAUCAAAACAGAACCCAUUCAAUCAGACAUUCAACCUCAAGAUUUGUCCGCCAAAUCAAUCAGUUGUUCGCCUAAGAAGACUUCUCCUCAACCGGCGGCUAUAGCUCUGCCAAUUGAUGUUCCCUUUAUUACGACCGACAAUGUUGACAGUGGCGUUACGCUCGAGAUAAUUGAUUCGACCGGAACGGGUUAUGGCAGUACUUCUCGACAAAACUUGGAUACAAUUGUUGAAGCCAUCAGACAUCUGGAGGGCGAUCAUCUCUUUAGAGACGACGACAGUAAAUACAAAUAUGAUGAACAGAUACCAGAAGAGGAAAGUAAGUCAUCAAAUGCUACGCUCUCACCAUCGCUGAGAACAGUGUUGACGAUGAGUCCCGAACAGUUCGGUGCUAUCAGACAUCAGGUAAUCCAAUUGCAGAGACCAAACGUGAUUGUCGCCAAUCACGCAUAGAGUUUGACCAUCAACUCUGGCCACUCAUCAACUGUCCAUUAUAUCACUUCAACUGUCGGGGCAUCACAAGUAAGACAAGUAAACCAAUAUAAAACAUCAUUUUGAUUACCACUAUUGCUCUCAAUUUGAAUAUAUAUAUAUAUAUAUAUAU